GAGGCCAGGCUUGGCUGGGCACCCCGCGGGGGACACCCGGGCCGGGCUCCGCGCCCCAGCCGCCCGGGCAGCCGCCGCCGAAGGCGCUUCCUGCAGCGCCCCCUUGCGGCUGCGUCAGGGAGCGGCUGCGCGCCCCGGCGGCCACCCGCGCCCUGCGAGCUGGCCCGGGGAGCUUCGGGGGUGUCCCUGUACCCCCUCCCAUCGCUCUCGCCCCGUCCCUUUCCCCCCUCCCAUCGCUCUCACCUCAUCCCUCUUGCCCUGCCUGUGUCCCCCCUCUGUCCCCCUUUCCAUGCCUGUGUGUCCCCCCCCGUCCCUCUUGCCCUGUCCCUGUGUGUGUCCCCCAUCCCUCUCGCUCUGUCCCUGUCACCCCCCCAUCCCUCUCGCCCUGCCUCUGUGUGUGUCCCCCCCGCCGUCCCUCUUGCCCUGUCCCUCUGUGUCCCCCCACUCCAUCUUUCUCGCCCGGCCCCUCUGUGUCCCCCUACUCCAUCCCUCUCGCCCGGCCCCUCUGUGUCCCCCCUCCAUCCCUCUCACGCCAGCCCCUCAGAGGCAUUUCAGCCCUGGGGACCAUCGGUGCCUGCACCCCUGGUACCCUCCCUGGCACCCGCCGCACACCAACACACUCAAUAGCAACGAGCCCAAAAGGAAUUAUCGGUGGAAAGGAGAGAAGCUGGGUUUAGGUUUUAACACGCCACAUUAGUUUUAUUUUUUCCCAGAAAGUCUGUACCAAAAUAAUCUCAUAAAACCAACAAGUGUCAGUGCCAUUUAUGUAACGCUGUUGCUGGCAGGGGGGCAGGAAGGCGAGCGGGGUUAUGCAAAGCCCCGUGCUCCUGGGCAGGGGAUGCAGGGAUGCUCCCAACAGCAGGCACCAGAGGAUCCGGCUUCUGCUCCGUUUUCCCUCUGACCUUACACAGGAGGUGAUGUGGGUUUUCCCCCCAAAUCCGCCCCCAAACAGGCCCAGGACCCUCCAGCAAGACUUUGCUGCUGUCUCCAGCACGCACGAGCAGUCCCGUGACAGCAUCGGCUGGGGGUGGCACAGGGCUCCUGUGCUGUACGGGGUGUGGAGGGGGGCAUGGGGCCAGGUCACCCACCAAGCUAACCCAGGAUGCCCACCUGGCAUUGCAGGGGGCUCCUGGCUGGUGGCUGGACCAGCUUGUCCACCCAGAGAGCCACCUGGAUGCGUGGGUACUAGCACAGCCGUGUUGGCAGCCUGGAACUUGGGGACUGGGCUCGCUGCAGCAGCUUCGGAGAGCCCCGGCAGGCUGGGGAGUGGGAGCAUCUUGCAGGAGCUGCUGCAGGAGUCACUGGAUGGUGCUUUACCUGCGGAGACGUUGCCCAAAACCGCGGCCCAGGGACUCAUCCGGAUGCAGGAGGCAAUGGCUGCUCCCAUGCAGCAGAUGCAAUCCCACGAGGGCGUCAUCCCAGCCAUGAGCAGCCACCAUGUAACGGGACUCUGGCACCAGCUUUUAUUGUCUUUUUACUCUUUUUCGUGGAAAGGGUGGAGCUGUGAGGAGACCUGGGAUCUCCUCCUUGCCCUUCCACCGACCCUCCUGGCCUCGCUGACCACAUCAGCCUCCUCCAUCCGCCAGCACUUAAGGACACCGCGUGUAAUGAAUAAAAUAUAUCAAAGUUUACUUCUGCUCGUGUGCAGGCAGCACAGGCAGCAGCACCAGCCGGCGCAGAGGCGAGAAGCGAGGAUUACACAACAGACCUGCUGUCUCACACCAAGGUAGUCGCAGCACAUUCAUGAGUCAGUGAACCCCCCCACCCCCCCCACCCCCCAGCCCAAAUCAAGUGGGUGUGAGGUGUUUGGUUUUUUUUUUUUUUAAAUUAAAAAUAAAUAAGGGGGGUGAGUUAUGGUUUUCCGGCAGGAAGGAGGGAUUCAUGCAGCCUCCAGGGAAAGCCACUGCGAAAGCUUGGCACGGCAAAGCAAGACCCUGUGUCGGUGGCUUGGCUGAAGGACACUGGUGGCCCGGGGGAUGGCGGACGCUGGUGGCCCGGAGGAUGGCGGACGCUGGUGGCCGUGUCCGGUGGAGGAGCAGGCUGGUGAGGGGCUUUGCCGGCUGAACCGCUGCAGCUCCUGGCUGGGAAGAGGUGAUGCUGUCGGGUCCGAGCCCUCCAUCCCGAGGCCGGCUCAGGGCUGGUGGGGACAGCGGUGCCAGGGGACAGCACAACCCUUCUGCCCAGAGAGGGGUGCUUUGUCCUGAGCCCACCUUCACCUCCUCAUGCCUUCUCCAGAGCCCACAGCGACAGGCUUUGCUGCAGGGUGACAUUGGCGGAGGAGGGUGGGGGGCAAAGCCUCUUGCUAGAAGCACCGGGAGGCUUCGAGUGUCACCCGCUCCAUCAAUCAUCAAAGCAGUCCCCAAAAUCCAGCUCGGUGGGAGGCAGAUGGUGCGAUGCUCCGGUGUGCGGCGCUCCGGUGAGGACCAGUCCUCUUCUGCUCUCUGCCCCCGCGGGGGUGCACAGUCCCGAGCCAAAAUCGCCAUCCAGGGGGUGGCAGUGGGGUGACACCGAGCCUGCUCGUUCCGCCCCGCCCCCCCCCCCCGAGGCUGGCACAGGGGCAUGUGAAGGCUGCACCCGAGCCCCAGCAUGAGGCACAGUCCCACCACUGUCCUGUUGGCCCAGGGUCUCUGGGACCCCCCACCCUGGGGGGCAGCGGGGCUCGGGCAGCCAAGGGGCCCUGCCCCACAGUGGCUGCCCUGAAGCUGCUGCCACUGGGCCGGGGGUGACCCCAGAGUGGGCUGGGGGUGCUGACAGCAGAUUCCAAACACCCCCAGAUUUGGCAAGAUCCCACAGGGACCCCAGACCCUGCCGGGGGGCUCUGUGCACCCCAGAUUCCACAGGGUCUCCCAACCCUAUAGGGGUUCCCAGACCCUGCUGGGUCCCCCCACCCGCCCUGGCCCCUCC